AUGUAUUAUAAGGACACAGAUACUCCUGCAGUAUGUCGGACUUCCAGUUUGGUCGAAGAACUGGGCCAGAUCGAGUAUAUCUUCUCAGACAAGACUGGAACGUUGACGCGAAAUAUCAUGGAGUUCAAGAGCUGCUCGAUUGCUGGUCGUUCGUAUGCUAGUGAGAUUCCCGAAGAUAGGAAACUUACUGUUGUGGAUGGCGUGGAGGUUGGUUUCAGAAGCUUUGAUGCCAUGAUUGAGGAUAUGGACGAGCCCGAGCUUGGACAAGUGGUUCAGGAGUUUUUCACACUGCUUGCCUCGUGUCACACGGUUAUUCCUGAACUCAAGGAUAAUGGUAAGAUCAAGUAUCAGGCUGCUUCCCCUGAUGAAGGUGCUCUUGUCGAAGGUGCAGCCAGUGUCGGAUUCAAGUUCACAAUUCGUCGUCCCAAGUUCAUCACUGUAGACAUUCGUGGUCAGGACUAUGAAUAUGAACUGUUGAAUAUCUGUGAGUUCAAUUCCACUAGAAAGAGAAUGUCAACUAUUUUCAGAUGUCCCGACGGUAAGAUCCGAUUGUACUGUAAAGGUGCUGAUACAGUGAUUCUCGAGCGUCUAGCGCCUGAAAAUCCUUUUGUAACUGAUACAAUGGCCCAUUUGGAAGAGUUUGCUGGUGAAGGAUUGCGAACUUUGUGUUUGGCUAUGAGAGUUGUGCCUGAUGAUGAGUAUCAAGAGUGGGCUCGCAUCUUUGACGAAGCUGCUACUUCGAUGGACAAUCGUGCCCAGAAACUGGAUGAUGCUGCCGAGCUUAUAGAACGUGAUUUGUUUUUGCUUGGUGCAACUGCCAUUGAAGAUAAAUUACAGGAAGGUGUUCCUGAGACUAUUCACACCUUACAAGACGCUGGCAUCAAAAUCUGGGUCCUCACCGGUGAUAGACAAGAGACAGCUAUCAACAUUGGUAUGAGUUGUAAGCUUCUUAGUGAGGAUAUGAACCUGCUGAUUAUCAAUGAAGAAAAUUAUGAGGCGGUUCGAGAUAACAUUGCCAAAAAGGUUGCUGCUAUUCGUGGCAAUCAAGUUAGUAGUGCCGAGUACGAUACUCUUGCACUUGUAAUUGAUGGAAAGUCUCUUGGUUUCGCUUUGGAACCAUCACUGGAAAAAGACUUUUUAGACCUAGCUGUCAUUUGCAAAGCAGUCAUUUGUUGUCGUGUGUCACCAUUACAAAAGGCAUUAGUUGUGAAGCUUGUCAAACGUCAUAUGAAAUCAUUACUACUUGCUAUUGGAGAUGGUGCUAAUGAUGUCAGUAUGAUUCAAGCUGCUCACGUUGGUGUUGGUAUCAGUGGUAUGGAAGGUAUGCAAGCAGCAAGAAGUGCUGAUGUUUCUAUUGGCCAAUUCAAGUAUCUCCGAAAGCUGCUGCUAGUACAUGGAUCUUGGAGUUAUCAUCGAUUGAGUAGAGCCAUUCUGUACUCUUUCUACAAAAAUAUCGCUCUGUAUAUGACUCAGUUCUGGUAUGUCUUUGCCAAUGGCUUUUCGGGUCAGUCUAUUUACGAAUCAUGGACCAUUACCUUUUACAACGUUCUGUGUACAGUUCUCCCACCUUUUAUAUUGGGUAUCUUUGACCAGUUCAUUUCAGCACGUCUUCUAGAUCGGUAUCCUCAACUUUAUCAACUGGGUCAACGCAGUGCUUUCUUGAACGUUCGUCAUUUCUGGGAAUGGGUAUUGAAUGGAUUCUACCACUCAAUUAUUCUCUACAUUGGUUCUGUGUACGCAUAUCGAUACGGCCAAGUGCUUUCUAAUGGUCUCAUUGCAGACCAUUGGACUUGGGGUACUGCUUUAUUCACAGCUUGUGUACUGACAACACUUGCUAAGGCUGCUUUGGUCACGAACAUGUGGAACAAGUACACAGUUAUCGCGAUUCCCGGUUCAUUCUUCAUCUGGCUGGGAUUCUUCCCUGCAUAUGCCACCAUUGCCCCUCUGGUCAAUGUUUCAGACGAAUACCGAGGAGUUCUGCCCCACUUGUAUCCAACCCUGGUGUUCUGGGCGACAAUUCUCAUUCUCCCAUGCCUGUGUUUGAUCCGAGAUUUUGCCUGGAAAUACUAUAAACGCAUGUACAAACCCGAGUCGUACCACCAUGUGCAAGAAAUUCAGAAGUACAACAUUGCCGACUACCGGCCCCGUAUGGAGCAGUUCCAGAAAGCCAUCCGAAAAGUGCGCCAGGUGCAACGUAUGCGCAAACAAAGAGGUUUCGCCUUUUCGCAGGCCGACGAAGGCGCUGGACAGGCUACACGUGUAGUCCGAGCCUACGAUACCACCCAAUCGCGUGGCCAAUAUGGCGAGAUGAAGCCUGCACGACAGCAGUAG